CAUUUUUCCUCUCCCGACCCGAGCGUCCUGUCGGAAGCCCACCGGACGGAGGGAGGGCGGAGCGCGCCCCCUCAACGACGGCGGCCUGGUGCUGCAGAUGCAUUUCGGUGAGGGCUAAGUGCUCGCUUAGGCCUGGCUGACGAGUCUCUGCUUCUUGGAGCACCACGUUCAGUCAUGGUUCACGCCUUUCUCAUACAAACUUUGAGGGCCCCAAAUGCAGAGGACACAGGCUUUUGCCGAGUACUCUACUCUUACGUCUUUGGUGCUGAGAAGUCACCCGAUGAUCCGCGGCCUCAUGGUGCAGAGAGGGACAGGCUCCUCCGCAAAGAACAGAUUUUGGCAGUGGCCAGGCAGGUGGAAUCGAUGUGCCAACUGCAGCAGCUGGCAUCUGGCCGCCCUUGCUCGGAUCAGCAGCCCCAGAUCUCUGAUGAACCUGUGUCCCUCCACGAGGCCCCCCAUGGCAUCUUCGGGCUGGCGGCAGGGGACCCCUUCCAGGAGCCACGGACAGUGGUGUGGCUGGGAGUGCUGUCCCUAGGCUUUACCCUGGUGCUCGAUGCCCAUGACAACCUGCUGCUGGCGGAAAGCACACUCCGCCUGCUGGCCCGCCUCCUCCUGGACCACCUCCGCCUGCUGGCCCCAGGCUCCAGCCUCCUGCUACGGGCCGACCACGUCGAGGGCAUCCUCUCCCGUUUCCUGCCCCACGGCCAGCUUCUCUUCAUCAACGACCAGUUCGUCCAGGCCCUGGAGAAGGAAUUCAAUGCUUCCUGGCCCCUCUGACCCUUGCUGGCUCAGGCUUCUUGCAAGGGCAGGGGAGGAGGCAGAGAUUGCACCCACAGCUAGUGCAGGCUUGAUAUCUGCUCUGCCAGCCAUCUGCCCACCCUGAUGUGCCUCAUACCUGGGACCCUGGAUGAGACAAACUGGCAGUUAAGGGGUGGGCAGAGGUAUGGGGGGCUAUGCCUUUUCUCAGGUCAGUGGGAAACCCUGGUUCUGGAGCUGCCAGGUGACUCUGACCGAUGCAUUGUGCUGUCCAUGUCAGUCCUUAACCCCAGCCCCAACCAGGAAGGGCUGCAUGGAACUUGUCUCUCCUCCUUCCAAAGCCCCAGUUUUCGCCACACAAAAGGGGUCCCUGAGACUCCUUAUAGUGGGGGAGCUGGGCUGCACCAUAGCAGGCCUUGGUCCCUGCCUUGUGUCCCCUUAGGUAACAUAGUGGGGGGUUUUGUUCAUCUGAGAUGACAUAAUCACUGGCUUUCCUCAUCUACUGCAGCUGAAUGCCAGAGGCCUGGCCUGGAUGAUGUUGUCUUUCUCAUUUUCUAUUAAAAGCACUGGCUGUGUGAUCUCACCCUCUCCUCCUAUGAAUUUGAUGGUUAUAGUCUGUUCCUGUGGGUAAGCGUAUCUCUCUGUCCUGUGCCUGUGCUUUGUGCUCCAGGAUCUCCUUAAGAAUGUUUUUGGGAGGCCUCUAUUUUUGUCCCCCACCUCACCUAUUUUUCCUUUUGUGCCUCCUUUGGAUGGUGACACCUGCUUCCUCUACCAAAAUGUGCAUCACAGGUGGGGGGUUAGUGUGCAUCCCUGAAAAGCAGAGCCUGAGGCAGGGAUUAGGCGCAGAAGGCUUAUGUGAGCUGCUCCCAGGAAACGAAGGGGAGGCAGCCUUCAGGUGUGUUGCCAGGCCCACUGACAGUGGGAGUGCAGAGCUUGGCCUGGGGCCAGUGUAGUGUACAGUUGGCUCUGAAGCACCUCACCUGAGGGGUGAAGUGGUGAGGGGCUGUGGUGUUUGGCCUGCCCCUUAAGCCCCUAGUUGUCUUUCCAGCCAUCCUUGGCUCUUUCUAUCCCCAGAAAAUGCCCUCAGAUGUGGAGCUGGGCCUUCUGCACCUCAGUGAGACCCAAGGGGAUGUGGAUGGGACAACAAAGACCAGCUGUUAA